AGAUAAGAAAAAUUACGAAAAAACCUAAUAAUAUUAGACAGAGUGAUUAAAAAAACUAAAUAAAAAAGCCUUCAUUAUUAUAAAAAGAAUGAUGAUUAUUAACAAUAAUCUGGCCUAGAAUAAUAAUAAGAUAGUACCUUUUUACAAAAUAACUACUAUUCAAAUAUGUAAAAUAAGAAAAAUAAGAAAAAUAGACAUUUAUAAUCAACAAAUAUGAAUUUUUAGGAUAAUUUUGAACUUUUAAAUAACGAAUUUAAAAAAAUGUUUAACAUUUCAGAUUUCGAUGAAAAAUAUUUACUAGAAUUUUCAGAAACAAUAACCAAGCAAAAAUAAAAAACUAAAAAAAAAAAAGUAAAAGCUUACAUUGCUCAAAUAGUGCAAAUAAUAUCAAAAACGGAAAUAAUGUUUAAAAAUUUAACCCUAAUUUGAUAAAAGAAAUUCCAGUUAAUGAUAUUUUAAAGGAAAAAACAAACGAAUUAAAAUAAAAAUUCCUUAAUAUUAAUGAUAGAGUUUCUUAAUUUAAAUAAAAAAAUUAAGACUCAAAAAAAGAUUUAAUUAGAAUUAAUUAAAACCAAGAAAAAAUAAAUAAAUAAUAAGAAGAAAAUUUAUCAUAAUUAUAAAUCGAAAGAAACUAUAAAAAAUAGCAAAGUCCAUAAAAAAAAAAGGAAAUUCAAUAAAAAACCAAUGAAAGUCCAAUAAAUAGAAAAUCCAAAAUAGAAAACGAAAAUACUAAAAAAAACCAAUAAAUACUAGAAAUUCCUUCUAGAAGAAAAAACCUAGAAGAACAAAGCUUGACUAAAAAAUCUAUAGAAAAAGAAAAAAACCCAGAAUAUUUAUUUGAAUUAAAUUACUAAUAAAUCCAAUAACUAUAAGAAAUGCUCCAAAAAGGUGACUAAGAUGACCCUGAAAUUCAAAUAUUAUAGGAAUAGUUAUUCCUUUAUGAUGCUGCAGCUACAAUAAUAUCAAAAGUAUUUAAAGGCUAUUUGACUAGAAAAUACUUAUGUAUACUCCUUAAAUAAUAAUAUGAAUCGGGCGAUGAAGAAGAUGAAGUUUUUGAUGAGAAUAAUUAUUUGGAAGAAAAUUAAAUUGAACCUGAUGAACUUUUAGAAGGCAAUAAUUUAAAUUUUAAUUAUAUAUAAUAGACUAAAAAUAUAUAGGAAAUCUAAAAAUAUGACCAAUAAUAAUAGCUAAAUGAAUAUACAGAAAAACCCAAAGAAAAAAAUUUAGAAGAAGAAAUAAAAAAACUUAAAGAAACCAAAAAACAAUAAUUCGAAUUAAUUAAAUAACAACUUAAAAAUAUACAAAAAGACUCCAAAUUAACAACGGAAGUUAAUUAAUAAAUUGAAAAUUUAUACAAUUAAUUAGAAAAGGAAGAAAUAUUACCAUAAAAUGAUAAUUUUCUUUUAAAAGAAGACUAAAUAGAUCAAAUAAUUUUCAAAAGAGAAGAGGUUAUAGACUCAAAACAUUAAAAAGAGCUUGAAAUAAUCCAAAAACUACACGAAAAAAACCAUAUAUCCCCCAAAAAAAAUAACAUAGAAUGCAAUAUUGAAAGUACUAAUAAAGCCCUAAAUUAAAUUGUAAAUUAAUAAGAUAUAUAUCCUAAAGAAAUAGAAAACAUAAACUGUUUAGAAUAUGCUACAUUAAAUUAUAUUAAAGAUUAUUUAGUAGCCUUUUCUGAAUAUAUAAAAGAUAAUUUUAAAGACGAAUUCUUAUCCAAAAUAAACAUCCCUAUAGGAAUUGACUCUCUCGAAUUUCUUAAAGCUUUCAAUUUAACCGAAAACCUUGAAAAUUCUUCACAAGAAAUAUUAUAAACUCCAAUAUAUCCUGUCAUAAAAUACAUAUAAAUCCAAAAAACAGUAAUAUCGGAAGAAAUAUUCCUAAACUUUAACGAAAUUUUCAAUAAAGAUAAUAAUUUAUUAUCCCAAGAACUCAUAGAACUCGAAAAGUUCCAUAUGAAAAUGACGUUUGACUGUUUUAAUGAAGCAUUAGACUCUAUGAGGCCUUUUGGUUUAAGAGGAAAGCCACUACCAUGGAAAAUAAAUAUUAACAAGCUCUGUUCUAUAAAAAUAACUUAAGAUAACAUCGAAAAAAUAUUCGGUUUAGCAAUAGCCAAAGUAUUAAAAUGGGGUUCAUCUUUAUGCGGUUUUAUUCCUGAAAGAAUAGAAAGUCCUACAGGAGAAAUUAUAUAAAUAGACGAUGAUUAUUUAAAUUAAAUAAAAGAAGAUAGAUUAGCCUAAAUGCUUGAAAAUGAAGUACUUGAAAAUGAGGAUAAAUGGCUUCUUUAUGAAGAUGAAGAAACUGAUGUUUAAUUAGAAAUUUCAGAUGAAAUUUUUAAUAGUUUAAUAUAAGAAAUAGUUGAUUUUAUAACUGGAAAUAAAGAAGAAAAUAAAUAAAUGAUAGAUUUAUAAUAAAAUUUAAAUAUUUUUUAAAAUAAUAAUAAAAGUUGUGUAAAGGCAGUUUAAAAUUUAGGACUUUGCAUUAAAGAUUAGCAAAUAGAUUAGAAAAUGAUUGAUAAGUAAAUUUUCUUGAUAAAUAUGUAGUCAUAAAAUAUUAAUAAAUAAGAAAUUAUAUAAGGAGGUUCAUAAAAAGAUUAAAAUAGCAGUUUUUGA